AUGAUCCAAGACAUACAACCUAUUGCCAGAAACUUUCGUUUUAUUGGCAUCAUGAUCAUAAUAGUUGGAACCAUAAUCCAGUUCUCUGAUGAAAGUGAAUUUGUAGUAUAUAUGUCAAAAUUAGGCCUUGUUCAUGUUCCGAAAGACCUACCACCAAAAACCGAAAUCUUAGAUAUGUCUCAAAACUAUAUAUCUGAGCUUCAGUUAUCUGAUAUCAGCUUUCUGUCAAGACUGAAAGUUUUGAGACUUUCCCAUAAUAGAAUCCAGCAACUUGAUUUUAGUGUUUUCAAGUUCAACCAGGAUUUGGAAUAUUUGGAUUUAUCUCACAAUCAAUUGCGAAAAGUGUCCUGCCACCCUGUUGUGAGUUUCAAGCAUUUAGACCUCUCAUUCAAUGACUUCGAUGCCCUGCCCAUCUGUAAGGAAUUUGGCAACUUGACCCAACUAAAUUUCUUGGGAUUAAGUGCUAUGAAGUUACAACAAUUAGAUCUGCUACCUAUUUCUCACUUGCAUCUAAGUUACAUCCUUCUGGAUUUAGGAGGUUAUUAUGUAAAAGAAAAUGAGACAGAAAGCCUUCAAAUUCUGAAUACGAAAACACUUCACUUUGUUUUUCAUCCAAAUAGAUUAUUCUCUGUCCAAGUGAACAUAUCAGUUAAUACCUUAGGGUGCUUACAACUGACUAAUAUUAAACUAAAUGAUAAGAACUGUCAAGUUUUAAUUACAUUUUUAUCAGAACUCACUAGAGGUCCAGCUUUACUGAAUUUUACCCUCAACAAUGUGGAAACAACUUGGAAAUGCUUGGUUGGGGUUUUUCAAUUCCUUUGGCCCAAACCUGUGGAAUUUCUCAGUAUUUACAAUUUAACAAUAGUUGAAGACAUUCGUGAAGAAAAAUUUACUUAUUCUAAAACAGCAUUGAAAGCAUUGAAAAUAGAACAUGUUACGAACCAAGUUUUUCUUUUUUCACAGACGGCAUUAUACACGGUGUUUUCUGAGAUGAACAUUAUCAUGUUAACCAUAUCAGACUCAUCUUUUGUACACAUGCUUUGUCCUCAGGCACCAAGCACAUUUAAGUUUUUGAACUUUACCCGAAAUGUUCUCACAGAUAGUAUUUUUCAAAAAUGUUCUACUUUAGUUAGAUUGGAGACACUUAUCUUUGUUUUGUCUCCCAACUUUGUCCAGAGUGAGUGGUGCCAUUACGAACUCUACUUUGCCCACCACAACCUGUUUCAUGAAGGAUCUGAUAACUUAAUCCUGAUCUUGCUGGAACCCAUUCCACAGAACAGCAUUCCUAGCAAGUAUCACAAGCUGAGGGCUCUCAUGACACAGAGGACUUACUUGGAAUGGCCCAAAGAGAAGAGCAAACAUGGACUUUUUUGGGCUAACGUUAGAGCUGCUUUUAAUAUGAAAUUAAUACUAGCCACUGAAAACAAUGAUAUGUAAACUUAAAAAAAAGUCA